AUGCGGGUGUUUCCGAUUUGGGGUUACUACAAAGACUGCUGCUGUGAGGAAUCCAGCACAGGUUUUGCCUAUGCAGAACCCAGUGGAGUGCUCACCGUGUGCAUCAUCCAGUGUCUUCUCAUGGGUCCUCAAGCCCCUUGUGGGCAGAGAGCAAGGCUUCUAUUUCAGAAGGCCCGGGCCCUGGGGCAGUGCCAGGCUCACAGUGGACACAAAAAAAAGGGGUUUGCAGAAGAAGGACCUCCAGAAGUAAGCAGCCUGACCGUGAACCGGGCCCCGCCCCCAAACCCUGAAGGUAACUAUAAUGGGGAUGAGGGUGAGGACCCCUGGUACCACAAAGCAUGCAAAUGCGAUUGCCAAGGAGGUGCCAAUGCCCUCUGGUCUGUUGGCGCCACCUCCCUAGACUGCAUUCCGGUUGGCCUCCGAACUUCAAAUCCCACAAUGGCCACUGCUCCAACAUACCACACGGAUGUCAUUGUUCAGAAACAGCUUCCUGCCUCUCUCCCUGGCCUGGGUGAGACGAAUCUGUUGCUCUUGGCCAGCGACAUCGUGGACGCAGAAUGCCCAUAUCAUAAGCCCCUGGGUUUCGAAUCGGGAGAAGUUACACCAGACCAGAUCACCUGCUCCAACCUGGAGCAGUACGUGGGCUGGUAUUCCUCGUGGACCGCUAACAAGGCCCGGCUCAACAGUCAAGGCUUUGGGUGCGCCUGGCUGUCCAAGUACCAGGACAGCAGCCAGUGGCUAGAGAUAGAUCUGAAGGAGGUCAAGGUGAUUUCAGGGAUCCUCACCCAGGGGCGCUGUGACAUUGAUGAGUGGAUGACCAAGUACAGCGUGCAGUACAGGACCGAUGAGAACCUGAACUGGAUUUACUAUAAGGACCAGACAGGAAACAACCGGGUCUUCUACGGCAACUCAGACCGAACCUCCACGGUCCAGAACCUCCUGCGGCCCCCCAUCAUUUCCCGCUUCAUCCGGCUGAUCCCACUGGGCUGGCACGUCCGCAUUGCCAUCCGGAUGGAGCUGUUGGAGUGCGUCAGCAAGUGUGCGUGA